AUGUUGUUGUCACGGGGGCUGCUAGCCUCUUCACUCCUUCUCGCCGCCAAGGCACAAGAUGGUAUCGACCAAGCCGCAGUCAACAUUGCUACAGGAUUUGCGGAGACUCUCAUUCAACAUGCUUAUACUACUCUCAACGGAGAUUCAGGAGGUUCUGGUGAUGCUGGAAAUGGUGGAAAUCAUGGCCAAGCUUUCGACGCGAGUUUACUCGACAAGCAACAGAAUGCAGCCGAUAACGAUGCCACCGUUACUCAGGUCAUACAGGGCCAAGUUACUGUCGAGACAUACACCCGCCCCGGAGGAGUACUAUUCCCCGUGACACUCCUUCCACACCCAAGAAUUACGCUUGCUCCGACCCGUAAUGAUCCUUAUGAGAGGAUUAUCCAGGCCUAUACUGGAGGUAACGAUGCCACUACAAACCAGGAAAUCACAAUUGCCGAGCCCUCGGGAACAAGCCCGGGUACUAUUCUUGUUGAUGUUCCUGGUACUGCUUAUUCUUCUUUCUCAUCUGGCCAGGCCGGCGCGUUGACAAUCCCUCCUUCAAACGACAACCCGACAGCCACGAUUAUUUCGGCGUUGCCUAGUGGUGUUGCCAUUACUGGCGAGGCUACGAGGACAAUUCCGGCGGCCGGAAAUGCCCCUGCGACUGUUGUUAUCCAGACUCCUUGGGCAGACGUGCCACCAAGCACUCCUGGUGUUGGAGGUGCUGGCGCUGGCGGUGCCGUUGGUGGCAACGCUGGAGGCAGUACAUCCAAUGUUUUGGUGAUUCAAACAUACACCGGAACUGAGUACAUCACCCAGGCUCGAGUCUCCACCAUUGUUGGUUCUGGAGGCGAUCAGGGCACAGUAGUUGUCCAGGUCCCUCCAGGUAACCAGAACCCCGGUGGUGCUGUCACGAUUCCUCCAAGCGACGGUGGCCAUUUCACCACGAUUCUCAGGCAAUACACAGGAGCUUCUGCUAUUUCGACUCCUGUCACAAUCCUUGUUCCAACCUCGGCAGGCCAUGAUGGAACAAUCAUCAUUGAGACGCCUGGACCUUCGAGCUCAGCUGGCACCGGUGGAGAUAGUGAUCUCCCCGAAAACCAACCGCAGGUUAUUCCACCCAGCGGCGAUAACCCUUAUUCUACGAUCUUGAGGCCCCACGCGGGUUCCGACCAGAUUACUGAGCCUGUUACGUAUACUGUGCCUCCAUCUGGUACCAAUCCAGGAACGAUUAUAAUCGAGACUCCAGCUGUGCGCGCUGGUCAGCAGGUCAUCACGCUUCCACCCGACCCUAACAGUGGUUAUAUCACCAUUGUUAGACAGCCAAACAGUGUUAUCACUGCACCCAAUACUAUUACGAUCGCACCAUCUGGUAGUCAGCCAGGAACUAUUAUUAUCGAGACUCCUGCCCCUCAACCCGGCGAUGUCGAGAUCACAAUUCCUCCUGGUCAAGAUGGUUCUUUCGUGACCAUUAUUCAAGGUCCUACAGGAUCCAAUGCUGUCACAGCCCCUAACACAAUCACAAUCACUGGGGCUCCUGGCCAACCUGGAACAAUCAUCAUCCAGACUCCAGUGCCGUCUGGAGGUGGACAGAUCACUCGAGGCCCUGGUGAUCCUUUCACCAUUCCUGCUGGAUCGGGUCAAUAUGUCACUAUUUUCCGACCUCAUAGCGGUGAUCCAAUUUCGGUUCCGAUUACGCUCACCCAGCCAGGUACGAAUGGUCAACCAGGCACUAUCAUUAUUGAGACGCCUGAUCCGACCACAUCUGCACCAGGAAGUGGGCCUAUUACCAUUCCUGCUGGAGGUAACAGCCCUUAUGUGACUAUCUAUAGGCCACAUAGUGGAAGCCCUAUCAGCGCACCGGUCACGAUCACCAUCCAACCCAGCGGUACCCAGCCGGGGACUAUCAUCGUUGAGACACCAAUACCAACGCUUGAGACCCCCAAAGGCCAGAAUGCGGUUACUUCCCCUGCUGCGGGUGGCCAACCGAUCACCAUCCCUCCCAGCAAGAACAACCCGUAUGUCACCAUCUACCGCCCUCAUACAGGUGACCCCAUUACCGUCCCCAUCACCAUCACUCAGUCUCCCUCAAACGGACAGCCUGGAACCAUCAUCAUUGAGACUCCAGCUCCGCCAGCUGACACCGUCACUGAGACUGAACCUGGUGCGACCGUGACGGUUCAACCUGAUAACCCUGGUGGAUACACAACCAUAUAUCGACCACAUACAGGCGACCCAAUCUCUGAGCCUAUCACUGUCACAACGAUUAGUGGUUCGAAUGGCCAGCCAGGAACCGUUAUCAUUGAGACUCAAGGCCCCUUCACAAUCACUGCCACUGGCCCCGGUGGUACUGCCACUAUCUACACUCCUGGAUCAGAUGUCAGCACCACAGUUACGAAGACCGUCACCUUGACAGCUUCUGGAGGUCAACAAUCUACCGCAGUUGUUAUUGAGACUCCACCUCCAAUAAAGGUUCAACCCACAACUGCAAUGGUUACGGUGACUGGCCCUGAUGGAUAUGUCACGAUUACUGAACAGUACACCGGGACGAGUGUUAUUACGGCCAUCUUUACUACCACAAUCACUGGAUCUGGCACAAAUCCUGGCACGGUUUUCAUAGAGACACCGCCACCAGUCAAGUUCGCUCCCACUUCAACGGUUUCUGGCACCGACAACUAUGUCACUGUCUAUGAACCGUUCCCCGGCCCAGGCAUCAUUACGGCACCCAUUACCGUUACGCAGGCCACUCCUUCCAGUGGGCAGCCGGGUACAGUGAUUAUCCAGACUCCUGUUGCGGACACCCCCACGACUACAUCAUUGCCAGAUCCUACUACUACUCAGGGACCUGAUGGUUAUGUCACUGUGUAUCUUCCGUUCCCUGGACCUGGUGUCAUUACCACGUCCUAUACCAGGACACAGGCCCCUUCAGGUGGAAAUCCUGGAACUGUUUUUAUUACAACGCCAGCCCCUCUACCUGCUACAACUUCUGAGGCAAAUCUUCCUAGUACUACCUCUGGAACAGACGGCUAUGUGACAGUUUUUGUCCCAUAUCCGGGACCGGGCGAGAUCACUGCGCCCAUCACCAGGACUCAGCCACCCGCAAAUGGCCAACCUGGUACUGUCUUCAUUACCACACCUGCCCCUGCGUUCACUACACCGAAGCAGAUGAACGGGUUGACUUCAACGUCUCAAGGAACGGAUGGUUAUGUCACAGUUUUUGUUCCUUACCCAGGACCAGGCGAGAUCACUGCACCCAUCACAAGCACCCAGCCGCCUGCCAAUGGCCAGCCUGGUACUGUUUGGAUCACUACACCUGUUCCUGCAUUCACUACACCAAAGCAGAUGAAUGGGUUGACUUCCACUUCCCAAGGACCAGAUGGCUAUGUGACAGUAUUCCUGCCCUUCCCUGGCCCAGGUGUAAUUACUGCUCCUAUCACAAGUACUCAGCCCCCUGCUAACGGCCAGCCCGGAACCGUUUUCAUCACAACGCCAGCACCGCUGUCCACUGAUCAGCAGAAUGUGGCAACCACUACACCUGGUGAUGAUCAAUAUGUGACCGUUUUCCUGCCCUUCCCGGGUCCUGGUAUUAUUACUGCACCUAUUACCCGCACUCAGGCACCGUCUGGUGGCAGCCUAGGAACUGUGUUUAUCACGACACCGGCUCCUGAGACUACGGCCCAGCCCCAGACUUCUGCCCUUACUACGGAUAACUAUAUCACCAUUUACACCCCUUUCCCAGGACCAGGUGUAAUCACCGCACCUAUCACUAUUACCAAGACGCCAUCUAAUGGCCAGCCUGGAACAGUCCUUAUUGAGACUCCUGUCCCAGUGAGCUCUAGUGCCGAUACCUACGUGACAGUCUACAGGCCCUACCCAGGUCCUGGAACGAUCACUGCACCAAUAACCCUGACUCAGGCUCCUUCCAACGGCCAGCCUGGUACGGUGUUUAUCGAGACUCAGCCAACAGAAACGCCGACUCCAACAACGCAAACUACUGAUGGUUCUACUCCUCCUAUUACCAUCCCUCCUGAUCCGACUGGUUCUUAUGUGACAAUCUACCGACCGUAUCCCGGCCCUGGCCAGAUUACAUCUCCCAUCACAUACACUCAAGCCCCUGUUUCUGGACAGCCCGGUACAAUUAUCAUCGAGACUCCUAAUCCUGAUGCCAAUACUGCCACCCAGACAGGCCCAGUUACUGUUCCCACUGGAAGCAACAACCCAUAUGUCACGGUAUAUAAACCCUACCCUGGCCCCGGCAACAUUGAUCAACCUAUCACUAUUACUGCUGCGACUCCCACAGGUGACCAGCCAGGCACGAUCAUCAUCGAGACACCUACACUAGAGGUCAACACCAAGUUUGCCCCGUCGCCAACUUCUUCGUCGCCAGUUACCAUUCCGGCUGACAACAACAACUAUGUCACUGUCUAUAGGCCACACACUGGAUCUCCGAUCACUGCGCCAAUUACUGUCACUAGCAUUGCACCUUCAGGAGGACAGCCUGGCACCGUGAUCAUUGAGACGCCAGCGCCCGAGUCUCAGUCAGAGGCCCAGCCUACAACCACAGACAGCCCGCCUGUCACCAUUCCCCAAGGUCAAGACGGAUACGUGACAGUCUACCGCCCGUAUCUCGGUCCUGGUGUUAUCACAGCCCCAGUCACUGUGACCACUAUUGCGCCGACUAAUGGUCACCCUGGAACUGUGAUCAUCGAGACACCUGCUCCUGAGGCUCCAACUUCUUCCUCAUCUGAUGAGCCCCAGACCACAGCUUCUGCUGUCACCAUUCCCGCUGACAACGCUGGCUAUGUGACUGUAUACAGACCUUACCCAGGACCUGGAACAAUCACAGCCCCUCUUACCGUUGGAACUGUAGCACCAACUAAUGGCCAGCCUGGAACGGUCAUCAUUGAGACACCUGGGCCUCAAGCCGCGCCGGAGACCACAUUAGCACCCGAAGUUACUUCUACUCAGGGAACUGAUGGUUAUAUCACGGUCUUUCGGCCAUACACUGGCACUGGUCUCAUUACAGCGGCUAUCACUGUCUCUACCAUUCCUCCCUCUAAUGGUCAACCAGGAACCAUCAUCGUCGAGACACCUGUGCCUCAGGAUCCAACGACCACAACUAGUGAUGCUGCGCCUGUCACCAUUCCACCAGGACCCGGAAAUUCGUACGUGACGGUUUAUAGACCUCAUACGGGUACAGAUAUUAUCACGGCACCUGUGACGGUUACUACUAUUGAAGGAGUUAACGGUCAGCCCGGAACCAUCAUUAUUGAGACACCAGUACCUCAGGCGGCAACGUCGACAGAUGAAUCUACCGAGGCUGCACCUGUGACUAUUCCACCCGGUCCGGACAGCUCCUACAUCACUGUCUAUAGACCACAUACAGGAACUGCUGUCAUUAUGGCACCUGUGACCGUAACUACUAUCCCAGGCGUAAAUGGACAGCCGGGAACAAUCAUUAUCGAGACUUCCGCGGCCCAGGAUACUAAUGCACCUAGCACUGCCCCUGCAAGCCCUGGCAGUACCUAUGUCACCGAAUAUCGUCCAUAUCCUGGACCAGGAAAUAUUGAUCAGCCUAUCACGGUUACAACUAUCGAGCCCUCAAACGGGAACCCAGGAACUGUUGUCAUCGAGACACCUACUCCAGAUGUCAACACGAAGGUUGCCCAGCCUCCGGUUACCCUCGAUCCUGGCCCAGGCGAUCAAUAUGUUACUGUCUACAGACCAUACACAGGUACUGGGGUCAUCACUGCACCUGUCACCGUUAGUACUAUUGCACCUUCAGGUGGCCAGCCCGGAACAGUUAUCAUUGAGACUCCUGAACCGGAAACUCCUGGCUCUAAUCCAACAGUGACCUUGCCCGCUGGCCCUAAUGAGUCUUACAUUACUGUGUUCCGACCUCAUACGGGUACUGAUGUGAUUACUGGCCCUGUCACGAUUACAACUAUCGCGCCCGCCAAUGGCCAGCCCGGCACGGUCAUCAUUGAAACUCCUGUUGAGUCUGAGCCUUCCUCUACCCCGGCUCCUGUUGAUUCAGCAACGAGCGCUCCUCCUCAAGCAACUUAUGUUACGGUCUAUCGCCCUCACACCGGGGCAGACCGCAUCACUGCACCCGUCACUGUCACAACCAUUGAGCCUUCAGGAGAUCAGCCGGGAACAGUUAUCAUUGAGACACCUGAUCAAGAUUUGCCUCCUGUCACAACCUCCGCUGGACCUCUUGCCACCUAUGUUACGGUUUACCGACCUUACACAGGAGCAGACAGGAUCACAGAACCUGUCACUGUCACGACUAUUGAGCCGACCAACGGCCAGCCCGGUACAGUUAUCAUUGAGACUCCAGGACAGCAAGCGCCUCCUGUGACGACCACCCCUCCCCCUGCUACUUACGUAACUAUCACUAGACUCUACACUGGGACAGACCAGAUUACAGAACCAGUCACGACCACUAUACCUCCCCAAGGUGAUCAGCCCGGUACUGUGAUCAUUGAGACUCCAGGCCAGCAAUUGCGGCCGGUAACCUCAACGCCUGGUCCUGCUUCAUAUGUGACCAUCACCAGGCUUUACACAGGUACAGAUCAGAUCACAGAGGCUAUAACGAGCACUAUUCCCCCUCAGGGCGACCAGCCUGGAACUGUCAUUAUUGAGACGCCUGGCCAACAAGUGGCCGCUAUGACCUCCUCUUCCGUACCUCCUUCUUAUGUGACAACGACGGUUCCCUAUACUGGCACUGAUCAGAUUAACGUACCUAUUGUUACUACUGUCUCUCCCCAAGGUGACCAGCCGGGAACUGUCAUCGUUGAAACACAGGCUCCGUUUGUGACUGUCUAUCGUCCGCAUACAGGGCCAGAUCAGAUCACCGGUCCAGUCACUGUCUCGACCAUUGCUCCCACAGGAGAACAGCCUGGCACGAUCAUCAUCGAGACUCCUGGCGCGGCCCCUGCUGUCACAACUACACCACCUGCGCCAUCGUACAUCACUAUCACUACUCUGUACACCGGAACAGAGAUACUCAGCGAGCCCACUACCGUCACUACGAUCCCCCCUCAAGGAGAUCAACCUGGUACUGUCAUUGUUGAGACACAAGGUCCUUUCGUGACAGUUUCAACACUUUAUACUGGAACAGGUGUAAUCACAGCGCCGACUGCCCUCACAACGAUUCCUCCUCAGGGUGGACAGCCUGGAACUGUUGUUAUUGGAACACCAGGAUCAUACGUCACAACGACUGUUCUGUAUACCGGAUCUGACUCGAUUACUGGCCCCACAGCGUUUACAACCAUUCCACCACAAGGUGAUCAACCGGGCACGGUCGUUGUGGGAACUCCCGGAUCUUAUGUCACAACAACGGUGCUUUACACUGGCACCGAUUCGAUUACUGGGCCUACAGCUCUCACAACGGUUCCCCCUCAAGGCGACCAGCCUGGCACCGUUGUCAUUGCCACGCCCCCUUCGUAUGUCACGACAACUAUUUCUUACACUGGAACCGAUCAAAUCACUGCGCCAAUCACAGCUACUACCAUUCCUCCCUCAGGGAACCAACCCGGAACUGUUGUCAUCGAGACCCAGGCCCCAUUUGUCACGAUUUAUCGCCCUCACACUGGUAUCGACAGAAUCACUGCGCCUGUUACGGUUUCGACCAUCGCCCCAUCUGGUGACCAGCCAGGUACGAUUGUGGUCGAAACCCCUGGCGCAGAACCUCCUGUCACUACAUCGCCUCCUGCUCCAACAUACACGACACUUUAUGAGGAGUACUCCGGCACCGAUGAUAUCACUGAGCCUUUCAUCAAGACUACUAUUGAGCCACAAGGUGACCAGCCCGGCACCAUUAUCUUUGAUACUCCUGCCCAGCGAGUCGUGUCCACCAGUGCUGCACAGCCUUCCUAUGUUACGGUUUACCAGCCUCAUUCUGGCCCAGACAGAAUUACUGCCCCUGUUACUGUCACAACCAUCCCUCCACAGGGAGAUCAGCCGGGCACUGUUGUCAUCGAAACACCAGGUUCGGAGCCUGCCAUCACGUCGACGCCGGCCCCUGAGCCAUCUUAUGUUACAGCGUAUCAGCCCCAUACUGGGCUCGACAGAAUUACUGAGCCCGUCACUAUCACAACCAUCCCCCCCCAAGGCGAUCAGCCAGGUACCGUGAUCAUUGAGACACCAGGUGUAGAACCCUCUGUAACUUCAGGACCUACGCCUGAACCCUCCUAUAUCACAAUCUAUCAGCCACAUACUGGACCUGAUAGAAUCACUGAGCCUGUUACACUUACAACUAUCUCUCCCCAAGGGGAUCAGCCAGGCACGGUUAUCAUUGAAACCCCUGGCUCGGAGCCCUCUGUUACUUCAACCCCAGCUGCUGAGCCUUCGUAUAUCACGAUCUAUCAGCCAUACACUGGUACAGAUCAGAUAACAGCUCCAGUUACACUGACCACUAUCGAACCAUCCGGGGAUCAGCCUGGAACCGUCAUCAUCGAAACGCCUGGAUCCGCACCUCCAGUCACAUCAGCCCCUGCGCCUGAACCUUCAUACGUGACAGUCUAUCGACCACACACAGGCGCUGAUCAGAUCACUGCACCAGUUACCAUCACCACCAUUGAGCCUCAAGGAGACCAACCAGGAACUGUGAUCAUUGAGACACCUGGCUCUGAGCCAGCAGUGACCUCUUCACCAGAACCUGCUCCUCAGCCCUCAUAUGUGACAGUAUAUAGACCACAUACUGGUGCUGACCAGAUCACUGCACCGAUCACAAUCACGACAAUCGAGCCUCAAGGGGACCAGCCAGGAACCGUGAUCAUAGAGACACCAGGAUCUGAGCCUCCUGUUACCUCGACACCAGCUCCCUCAUAUACCACCAUCUAUGAGCCUUACACUGGUACAGGAGAGAUUACAGGCGAAGUUACCGUCACAACCAUUCCUCCCCAGGGUGAUCAGCCAGGUACUGUCAUCAUUGAGACACCGGGUCCGCAAACCGCAAACAAGGGAGCGAACCCUCCUCUGACUAUUCCUGCUGGAGACGAUAGCUACGUGACGGUCUUCAGGCCUUACACAGGAACCCCUAUGAUAACAGCGCCCGUCACGGUUACGACCAUCUCCCCAUCUGGUGGCAACCCAGGUACUGUUAUCAUUGAAACACCAGCACCUGAAGCCGCAGCUACCUCGGCACCCGAGGAUGUUUAUGUUACCGUCUACACCAUUUACACUGGCACUGGUCAGCUUACGGCGCCAAUUACUGUCACAACCAUUGCUCCUGUCUCUGGAACUGGUACUAUCAUCGUUGAGACUCAGGCGGAGGCUACUGCUCCCCCGCCUGUCACGAUCCCGCCUAGUGACAAUAGCCCCAACAUCACCAUCGUGCGUCAGUAUCCUGGCCCAGGAGUCAUCACCGCCCCUGUGACCUCGUACGAGCCGCCAAGUACGCCUGGGCAGCCUGGAACGAUUAUCAUCGAGACGCCAGCCCCCGUUUCUGAGACUACAUCUGAGGCACCAGGCACCAAUGUUACACUCUACACCUUGGCUCCCCCGGGUGUCAAGACUCCCAUCACUAGUUACGCGCCCCCACAAACACCAGGCCAGCCAGGAACUGUUUUCAUUCAGACGGUGGCCACUGAUGCUGAGUCUACCUCUGAGGAAGGCAGAAACGUGACUAUUUACACUGACGGCCCUGAUUCUCUUACUGCACCAUACACUACCUACUACCCUCCUGGGUCCCCUGGAGAUCCCGGAACCGUGCUCAUUGAGACUCCUCCUCCAGUUCCUACUGGUCCCGCCUCAGUGGGCAUUACAACACCUGCUUCGAGCAACCCCGAUGCACUCACCUUGACUCCGAGCGAUACCAACGAUGACUUUACAGUCAUUGAACCGAACACCAGGUUCGCUGAUGCUAGCGAGAAUGUCACACAGAUUAUCCCCGCCACUGAUGGAACCCCCGGAACACAGAUCAUCUACACACCUGUGGAUACAUCGGGAGAGUCAUCCGCUGAUGCACCGGAUACUGACAGUUAUGUUACCAUCAGUGCGACAGUCACUAUUCCUGGAGAUCCCUCAACACGUACCGGGUCCAACUCCGACGCCGGAAGUGACGCAGGUACCACCGGCGCGGAAACCAAUGUCAUCAUUAUUCCCCCUAGCGGUACUGAGCCAGGAACGGUUCUCUCGCAAACUAGUGUUUACUUAGAUCAGGCUUUGGCUGAACACGGAAAUGUGACGAUCACAAGGACAGCACCCAGUGGUGUUACCACAAGGUUCACUACCUACUCACCCCCAGCUCAAAAAGCUGAUCCAGGAACCAUCAUCAUUGAGAUUCCAGACUACAAUGUCACCAUUACGAGGGCAGCCCCUACUGAUAUCACAACCACAAUCACAACCUACUCGCCUCCUGCAACGCCCGGCGACCCAGGUACUGUCAUCAUCGAGACGCCUGAUUAUAAUGUCACCAUUACCCGUGAGGCGCCCGCAUCGAUCACAAGUCUCCGCACAAGCUACGCUCCUCCAGGAACUCCCGGCGAUCCUGGCACUGUAAUCAUUGAAACUCCAAACAACGACUACAACGUGACCAUCACUCGUGGCGCCUCGAUUACAGCCCCCUAUACCACGUACUCGCCUCCCGGCGCCUCAGGAGAUCCAGGCACCAUUAUCGUCGAGACGCCAGAUUAUAAUGUUACCAUUACCCGAGAGGCACCAGCUUCGAUUACUGAUGUACGGACGACAUACAAUCCUCCAGGCACUCCAGGUGAUCCAGGAACUGUCAUCGUCGAGACACCAAACAAUGCCUAUAACGUCACCAUCACAAGGGCAGCUCCCGCUUCGAUUACAAGUAUACAUACCACCUACUCGCCUCCAGGUGCUCCUGGUGAUCCCGGCACCGUUAUUGUUGAGACACCCGACUACAAUGUUACUGUUACUCGUGGUGCCUCGAUCACGGCCCCUUUCACAACGUACUCGCCGCCAGCUACACCUGGAGAUCCCGGUACAGUCAUUGUAGAGACACCUGAUUACAAUGUCACCAUCACACGAGAAGCACCAAGAACCGUCACAACCUUGCGUUCAUCGUAUGCCCCACCUGGAACUCCCGGUGAUCCGGGCACCGUUAUCAUCGAGACACCUCUUGGUCCUUACAAUGUGACGACGACUCGUGGUGCUUCAACAAUCACGGCGCCAUUCACAACCUACUCGCCUGCCGAUGGACCUGGCGACCCCGGCACCAUUAUUGUUGAAACCCCUGACUAUAAUGUUACCGUCACCAGUGACGCUGACUCUACGGACGCUGCAACAGAUAUUGUCACCAGGUAUAACCCUCCUGGCGCCCCUGGUGACCCAGGUACCAUCGCCAUCAUCAUGCCGAACCAGAGAGUUGUGUCGACUUCUCAAGAUCUACCCACUACCGAUGAUCCUGGACAAAACGUCACUGUCUACAGGCCUGGCCCACGAACGAUGACUGGUCCUGUCACUUCAUACAUACCUCCUGCGAACCGUGGCGACAACGGUACGGUAAUCAUCGAGACCCCCGGUUCUGCCACUCCUUCCAAUGUGACAAUGACCCAGACUAUCAGCACCAUUACGGCGAUCUACACUACCUACUCACCGGCCGGUGCUGAAGAUGAUCCGGGAACUAUCAUCGUUGGAAUACCACCUGAUCGAAAUGUGACCAUCACAGAGGUGGUCAGCACUAUCACGGCUCCUUACACAAAAUAUUCUUCUCCUGGCUCGCCUGGCGAUCCCGGCACUGUCGUUAUCGAGUUGCCCCCCGACCACAACGUGACUGUCACUGAAGUCAUCAGCACUAUCACCUCCCCCUAUACAAGGUACUCGGCGCCUGCGAACCGUGGAGAUCCUGGUACAGUAUAUAUCGAGCUACCCCCAGAUUCCAAUAUUACCAUCACAACUGAGGUGGAUUCACGAACAGCGCCUUAUACCACCUACUAUCCUCCCGGUUCCCAGGGAGAUCCUGGCACUGUUCUUGUUGAAUUGCCUCCUAGUCGCAACGUCACCAUCACGACCGAAGUCGCGAGCCGGACUGCCCCUUUUACAACAUACUCAGCGCCGGCCAACAAAGGAGAUCCGGGUACUAUCAUCGUCGAGAUGCCUUUUGACAGGAAUGUUACGGUCACGACCGAGGUGGCUAGUCUCACUGCUCCGUAUACUACCUAUGCAGCCCCUGCCAAUAAGGGCGAUCCAGGAACUGUCAUCGUGGAAAUGCCACCUGAUAGGAAUGUCACUAUUACAACUGAAGUACCCACUCGCACCGCUCCGUAUACAACAUAUUCUGCUCCAGGAUCUCCAGGCGAUCCCGGCACCAUUAUCGUGGAAUUGCCUCCAGACCGCAACGUCACGAUCACUACCGAGAUCUCUAGCCUCACUGCUCCCUACACGGCUUAUUCUCCGCCAGGAAGCAAGGGCGAUCCAGGCACAAUUAUCAUUGAAUUGCCUCCUGAUCGUAACGUGACUACCACGGAAGAGGUCCCUACGUUGACCGAGGCCUAUACUACUUAUUCACCACCGGGCAACCGCGGUGAUCCCGGCACUGUUAUUGUGCGACUCCCGCCUGACAGGAACGUGACUAGAACGACCGAGAUCGCUACACUGACUGCUCCGUAUACAACCUAUUCUCCGCCCGCAAACAGGGGCGAUCCGGGUACUAUUAUCAUCGAAUUGCCUCCUGAUAGGAAUGUCACCACUACGGAAGAGGUCAGCACAAUCACCCGGGUCAGAACAACAUAUAUGCCUCCUGCCAAUCGAGGAGACCCCGGCACAGUCGUUGUACAAGAGCCUCCGGACACCAACACUACUAUCGUUGAUGUCGUGCCCACGAUCACACGCCCAGCCACUCGGUUUGUGCCCGCUGCCACGAAGGGUGAUCCAGGCACUGUCUAUAUCGAUGUGCCCCCGAACCACAAUGUGACAAUGACCACAACUGUCAGUACAAUCACUCGACCAAGCACAACGUUUGAACCCCCUGCUACUGAAGGCGAUGCAGGCACCGUGCUCGUCCAGAUGCCCCCUGAGUACAACGUCACCACAACUCAGACAAUUGAAACAAUCAGUAGGCCAGUCACUCGGUACUCCAGCCCUGCUGAGAUUGGCGAUCCUGGCACUGUGUAUCUCGAUCUACCACCCGAGUACAACGUCACUGUCACAACCACGAUCUACAGCAUCACAAGACAGAGCACAAGCUUUGCUUCUGGUGCUACCCAAGGAGAUCCUGGUACUGUCAUCAUUGAGAUGCCUCCUGAGUAUAAUGUGACUACAACACAGACUGUUGAGACAAUCAGCAGACCAGUCACUCGCUACUCCAAGGCCGGUACUGUCGGCGACCCCAACACUAUUUACGUUGACCUUCCGCCGGAAUACAAUGUCACUGUAACCACAACAGUCCCCACAAUCACGAGACAGUCCACGACAUUUGCUCCUGCUGCUACUCAAGGCGAUCCUGGCACCAUCAUUAUCGAAAUGCCGCCCGAGUAUAACGUCACGACGACUCAAACCGUUGAGACCAUCAGCAGACCGGUCACUAGAUACUCGAAGCCGGAUACUAUUGGCGAUCCCGGCACUAUUUUCGUUGACUUGCCGCCGGAAUACAAUGUUACCAUCACGACUACCGUCGACACAAUUACAAGACCUUCAACUACUUUUGCCCCAGCAGGUACCCAAGGAGACCCGGGCACUAUAAUCGUCGAGCUUCCGCCUGACUCUAACGUCACAACAACUCAAACUAUCUCUACGAUCUCGAGACCCACAACCCGUUACUCUCGUCCAGGCACAGUUGGAGAUCCCGGUACCGUGUAUGUUGAUCUCCCGCCGGAAUACAACGUCACUAUCACCACGACCAUCGAGACCAUCACAAAGCCUUCAACCACCUUUGCUCCAGCUGGAACUCAGGGCGAUCCUGGCACUAUCAUUGUUGAGCUCCCCCCUGAUUCCAAUGUCACGGUCUCAUCAACAGUCCCCACCAUCAGCCGCCCUGCCACACGCUUUGCAAGCCCUGCAGCCGUGGGUGAUCCUGGCACCGUUUAUGUUGAUCUGCCGCCGGAGUAUAACGUCACUACAACUGAGACUGUCAGCACUAUCAGUCGUGUCCGCACAACCUUCAAUCCAGCUGCAACCGAAGGCGACCCAGGCACUAUCCUAGUCGAGGUUCCAGUUGACUACAACGUCACAACCACUGAGUUGAACAGUGCGAUCAACAGGGUUAGGACUACCUAUAUGCCUGCUGGUACGCAAGGUGACCCAAAUACCGUCCUUGUUGAGAUUCCCCCUGACUACACUAUCACAACAACCGAGACUGUCACUUCGAUUACUCGAGUCCGAACUACUUACAUGACUGCCGCGACGCAGGGUGAUGCCAACACGGUUCUUAUCGAGGUCCCCCCGGACUACAAUGUCACAUCCACGGAGACUGUCAGUUCGAUCAACAGGGUCAGGACGACUUAUAUGCCUGCUGGUACUCAGGGUGACCCUAAUACCGUCCUUGUCCAAGUUCCUCCUGAUUACACUGUCACAACUACUGAAACCAACAGUGGUAUCAGCCGUAUCCGAACUACUUAUAUGACUGCAGCGACGCAGGGUGACCCCAACACGGUCCUUAUCCAGGUUCCUCCUGACUAUACCGUCACAACCACCGAGACCAACAGUGGUAUCAGCCGUGCCAGGACCUCAUACAUGACUGCUGCAACACAGGGCGAUCCCAAUACGGUGCUCGUUGAGGUUCCGCCGGAUUAUAAUGUCACAUCAACCGAAACCAUCAGCACGAUCAACAGGGUCAGGACAUCAUACUAUCCUGCCGGCACCCAAGGAGAUCCUAAUACGGUUCUCAUUCAAGUUCCUCCUGAUUACACUCUGACAACGACGGAAACCAACAGUGCGAUCACUCGGGUCAGGACCACAUAUAUGCCUGCUGCCACUAAGGGCGACCCGAACACGGUUCUCAUUGAAGUCCCACCGGAUUCCAAUGUGACGACAACCCAGACCAACAGUGCAAUUAGUCGCAUUAGGACCACCUAUAUGCCAGCGGGCACUCAGGGUGAUCCCAAUACCGUACUCAUUGAGGUCCCUGUUGACUACAACGUGACCACCACCCAAACCAACAGUGCGAUCACGCGGGUUAGGACCACCUAUAACCCGGGUGCAACUCAAGGCGACCCUGGAACAGUUUUGGUUCAGGUCCCAGUUGACUAUAACGUAACAACCACUCAAACUGUCAGCACAAUCAGCCGAGCUAGAACGACAUACAACCCUGCCUCUGUUCAAGGUGACCCUAAUACAGUCCUUGUGCAGGUGCCCGUUGACUACAAUGUCACUACUACUCAAACAGUCAGCACGAUCAGUCGGGUCAGAACAUCAUACUAUCCAGCUGCCACUCAGGGAGACCCUAACACGGUCCUGGUCCAGGUCCCAAUGGACUACAACGUGACAGUUACCCACACAAUCACCACUAUCAGUCGUGUGAGGACAACAUAUGGUCCUGCUGCCACACAAGGAGACCCUGGAACCAUCUACGUGGACGUACCGCCGGAGUACAACGUCACCGUCACUUCAACUGUCAGUACGAUUUCGAGAGCAUAUACCACCUAUUCUGCGCCUGGUACACAAGGUGAUCCAGGCACCAUCUGGGUAAGGCUGCCGCCUGCAUAUAAUGUGACAACCACUCAGACCGUCCCCACAAUCACUCGUAUGUCUACAACAUAUGCUCCUCCAGCUACACAGGGUGAUCCCGGAACCUUCAUUGUGCAGGUUCCCCCUGACCGUAAUGUCACUACCACUGAGACUGUUCCCACGAUAUCUCGACCUGCAACCAGAUAUGUGGCCCCGGCUACUCAGGGAGAUCCAGGUACAGUUGUGGUGCAGAUGCCACCACAGUACAAUGUCACAACAACACAAACAGUUUCAACUAUCUCUCGCGUGGCUACUGCGUAUAACCCCCCAGCUACACAGGGAGAUCCAGGUACUAUUGUUGUGCAAAUGCCCCCUUCGUAUAACGUCACGUCAACGCAGACUGUUUCAACCAUAUCCCGACUUACAACUGCAUACUCAGCCCCUGCUACACAAGGUGACCCCGGAACCGUCUGGGUCCGGGUACCUCCUGAGUAUAAUGUCACUACCACAACCACUGUCUCAACUAUUUCCCGGCUUACAACAACUUACGCACCGCCAGCUACCCAAGGCGACCCAGGUACCUUCAUUGUGCGGGUACCUCCCAAAUACACUGUCACGACGACACAAACAGCCAGCACUAUUACCCGACCUACUACUGUCUUUGCGCCUGCACAAACUCAAGGCGAUCCCGAUACUGUCAUCGUGCAAUAUCCCCCUCCUUACAACGUCACGGUCACUACAGCUGGACCGACAACGCUCACUGCAAGAUACACUACAUAUUCACCGCCUGGCCAACCUGGCGAUCCUGGUACCGUCAUCGUCGAGAUGCCACCGAGUCGCACAGUCACAAUCACUACAAACGGUGGCACUACAAUCUCUACCCCUGUUACCUCCACUCAUGCUCCGGGUGAGCCUGGCGACCCUGCCACCGUGGUCAUCGCAACCCCAGCUCCCCGAUCUACUACAUCUACUACAUCUUCCAGGCCGCUCACCACCAGCAGCACUACAACUACUGCGCCGGCAGCCACUGUCUCCUUCAAUUGUGAUGUAUACGGUUAUCUCAUGCAGAAGACGGCUCUCUACCGUGUCGAGAUCACGUCUGGUAAGACGACUCUUAUCAAGAGUGAUGUCGGUCCUGGUGGUUGGAUCAAUGCCAUCGGUUACAACCGUUUCGACAACUACAUCUACGGUAUGCACAUGGAUGAUACGGGUUCUCAAGUUAUCCGAAUUGGUGGCGACGGUGGUUGGACACUGCUCGGUACUCGUACCAAUGAUCGUCUCGUUCAGAUGGGUGAUAUCGAUAACCAAGGUCGCUUCUGGAUCUCGAACCAGGGAGAAGGCUGGUGGUGUAUCGAUCUCAUGCCUGGCUCAUCCACUUACGGCAAGAUUCUCAUGAGCGGCACCGCUAAGAACCCUCUCAACUCUGCCGAUUGGGCCUUCGUCCCUGGAGGAGGCGACUUCAUGUACUCCAUCAUGUACGACGACCAGGGCAAGACAUCCACGCUAUGCAAGUUCAGCCGUACGACAUACACAUGGACGACUAUUCAGGGCUUCGGUAUGAUUGCUGGUCAGAACGUAUGGGGAGCUGCCUAUGCCUCGCAAGACGGAAACCUCUACGGUUCAGAGAACACCAGCGGUCAGAUUUGGAAGUUCCCUAUCGCCCCUUCGAUUGGAACUCCAAAGUUCCUGGCAACAGGUCCAUCGUCAUCCUGGAACGAUGGUGCAAGAUGUAUCGACAGUCAGACCCUAUAA